GUCGCGCGCGCGCUCCCCCGCCCCGCCGGCCGCCGCUUGCUAAGCUCGCUGGCUCGGCAGUUCCUUGAGGUGUGUGGGGCGUCGAGCCCCCGGCCCUGCCGGUGAAGCGCGGCGCCGCGAGAUGAGGCGGCGGCCGUGGCGGGGCCGCGGGCCGGGUGGGUGGGCGCGGUGAUGAGCGACGGCGGCUGCCGCCAUGUCCAAGGUAACGGCGCCCGAGCCCGGGCCGCCGGUGGCGGCAGUGGCGGGCGGGAAGGAGAAGCGCUCCUUCAGCAAGCGGCUUUUCCGGAGCGGCCGCGCGGGCGGCGGCGGCGCGGGGGCUCCCGGGAGCCCCGGGUCGGCCGCGCCCUCCUCGCCCUCUUCGGCGCGCUCGGUGGGCAGCUUCAUGAGCCGCGUCCUCAAGACGCUGUCCACGCUCUCGCACCUUAGCUCGGAGGGCGCCGCCCCGGACCGCGGCGGCCUCCGCAGCUGCUUCCCGCCCGGGCCGGCCGCCGCGCCCACGCCGCCGCCGUGCCCGCCGCCGCCUGCCUCGCCCGCGCCGCCCGCCUGCGCUGCCGAGCCGGUGCCGGGGGUGGCGGGGCUCCGGAACCACGGGAACACGUGCUUCAUGAACGCCACGCUGCAGUGUCUCAGCAACACCGAACUCUUCGCCGAGUACCUGGCGCUCGGCCAGUACCGGGCGGGGCAGCCCGAGCCCUCGCCUGACCCCGAGCAGCCUGUCGGCCGCGGCGCGCAGGGCCAGGGCGAGGUCACCGAGCAGCUGGCGCACCUGGUGCGGGCCCUCUGGACCCUGGAGUACACCCCGCAGCACAGCCGCGACUUCAAGAGUAUUGUGUCAAAGAAUGCACUACAAUAUCGGGGAAGUUCCCAGCACGAUGCCCAGGAGUUUCUACUGUGGCUUUUGGACCGAGUUCACGAAGACCUCAAUCAUGCUGUGAAACAGAGCGGCCAGCCUCCUCUGAAGCCACCCUCGGACACUGAUAUGCCCGAGGGACCAUCUUUUCCUGGCUGUAGCACUUUUGUACAAGAACUUUUUCAAGCCCAAUACAGGUCUUCUUUGACAUGUCCUCAUUGUCAGAAGCAGAGCAACACUUUUGACCCUUUCCUCUGUAUUUCUUUGCCAAUUCCUCUACCCCACACAAGGCCUCUCUAUGUUACCGUCGUGUAUCAAGGGAAAUGUUCUCACUGCAUGAGGAUUGGUGUGUCUGUGCCUCUGUCUGGGACUGUCGCCAGACUUCGGGAAGCAGUGUCUAUGGAAACAAAGAUCCCCACUGAUCAGAUUGUAUUAACAGAAAUGUACUAUGAUGGUUUCCACCGUUCCUUUUGUGACACAGACGACCUGGAAACAGUCCAUGAAAGUGACUGCAUUUUUGCCUUUGAGACUCCAGAGAUUUUUAGGCCUGAAGGAAUUCUCAGUCAAAGAGGAAUCCACUUAAACAACAAUCUAAACCACUUGAAAUUUGGUUUGGAUCCUCACAGACUGUCACCUACACAAACAAUAGCAAAGCAAGAGAAGAUGGACUUGUCCCCGACAAGAACAGGAGGCGACAAGAUUGUUCUGUUAGUAUGCAACCGAGCCUGCAUGGGGCAGCAAGGGAAAAGAUUUGGACUGCCCUUUGUGCUGCACUUAGAGAAGACAGUAGCAUGGGACCUUCUGCAAAAGGAAAUCUUGGAGAAGAUGAAGUAUUUCUUGAGGCCCACGGUUUGCAUUCAGGUGUGUCCAUUCAGUUUGCGUGUGGUCAGUGUUGUUGGAAUAACAUACUUGCUGCCCCAGGAGGAGCAGCCCCUGUGCCACCCAACAGUAGAAAGGGCAUUAAAAUCUUGUGGGCCAGGUGGAACUGCUCAUGUAAAAUUAGUGGUAGAAUGGGACAAGGAGACAAAAGAAUUCUUGUUUGUAAAUACUGAAGACGAGUAUAUCCCUGAUGCAGAAAGCGUCCAUCUGCAAAGGGAGCGUCAUCAUCAGCCUCAAACUUGCACUUUAUCCCAGUGUUUCCAACUCUACACCAAAGAGGAACGGCUUGCCCCAGAUGACGCCUGGCGUUGCCCACACUGUAAGCAGCUGCAGCAGGGGAGCAUUACCUUAAGCCUCUGGACUCUGCCUGAUGUGCUUAUUAUACAUCUGAAGAGAUUUCGGCAGGAUGGAGACAGGCGUAUGAAACUUCAGAAUAUGGUCAAGUUCCCCUUGACUGGCCUGGACAUGACACCUCAUGUGGUUAAGAGAAGCCAGAGCAGCUGGAGUUUGCCAUCUCAUUGGUCUCCAUGGAGACGGCCCUAUGGACUAGGGAGGGACCCUGAGGACUACGUCUAUGACCUGUAUGCUGUGUGCAAUCAUCAUGGCACCAUGCAAGGGGGGCACUACACAGCCUACUGUAAGAACUCUGUGGACGGUCUGUGGUACUGCUUCGAUGACAGUGAGGUGCAGCAGCUGUCGGAAGACGAGAUCUGCACACAGACAGCCUACAUCCUGUUCUACCAGCGGCGGACCGCUAUCCCGUCGUGGUCAGCCAACAGCUCGGUGGCAGGCUCCACAAGUUCUUCCUUGUGUGAACACUGGGUCAGCCGGCUCCCAGGGAGCAAGCAAGCCAGCGUGACCUCUGCAGCUUCCUCCAGACGCACCUCCCUGGCCUCGCUGUCUGAGUCCGUGGAGAUGACCGGGGAAAGGAGUGAAGAUGAUGGAGGUUUCUCAACUCGACCAUUUGUGAGGAGUGUCCAGCGUCAGAGCUUGUCAUCCAGAUCUUCUGUCACCAGCCCUUUGGCCGUUAACGAAAAUUGUAUUAGACCUUCUUGGUCCCUGUCUGCUAAGCUGCAGAUGCGCUCCAAUUCUCCUUCCCGGUUCUCAGGGGACUCACCAAUUCACACCUCUGCCUCCACUUUGGAGAAGAUCGGGGAGGCAGUUGAUGACAAGGUCUCCAUCUCUUGUUUUGGUAGCUUGAGGAACCUUUCCAGCAGUUACCAGGAACCAAGUGAUAGUCACAGUCGACGUGAGCAUAGGGCUAUGGGUCGGGCCCCUCUGGCUGUCAUGGAAGGUGCAUUCAAAGAUGAAUCAGAGACCCGCACAUUGAGCUCCACUGUUGUAGAUAAACAGAGCAAAAACUCAGCACAAGGGGAUCACUUGCCACCUAUCUCUGAUCCAUUUGAUAACAAUAACCAGAUUGCUUAUGUGGACCAGAGUGAUUCUGUUGACAGCUCUCCAGUCAAAGAAGUGAAACUCUCAAACCACCCCAGCUCCCUCUUGAAGAAACCAGAGAGCACAACCAAGAGAUCCCCUGGCUCCAAAGGCACUUUUGAGCCAGAUAGAAGUAUGCGGAAAGGGAGGCCGGUCUUGGCAAGCCAGGAAUCAUCUCUUUCAAGUACAUCCCCUUCUUCUCCCGUUCCUGUAAAAGUUUCUAUAAAGCCGUCCCGCUCUCGAAACAAAGCAGAUUCUUCUUCCAGAGCCAGUGGACGGCGUUCCUCCCCUACCCCUGCCCAACCCAAGAAGGAGUCCUCCCCCAAAUCCCAGGACUCCCUGUUGUCUCCUUUGCCCCAGAAGCAGAAGUCAGCUUCUUCCCUUGCUUACACUGCUUCCUCCACGUCUGCCAGGAAAGCCUCAGGCCCUGCCACGAGGGGCCCCUUCCCUCCUGGGAAGAGCAGGACUUCAGACAGGAGCUUAAGUAGAGAGGGCUCCAGACAAAGCCUGGCUUCUGACAGAGCCAGUGUCACCUCGAGCUCCAAACCCAACUCCCCUCGGGUGAGCCAGGCCCGGGCGGGGGAGAGCCGAGGGGACGGAAAACAUGUCAGGAGCUCCUCCAUGGCCAGCCUGCGGUCCCCCAACACUAGCAUAAAGGCUGGUCUGAAGAGGGACAGCAAGUCAGAGGACAAGGGGCUGUCCUUCUUCAAGUCAGCGUUGAGACAGAAGGAAACUCGGAGGUCAACUGAUCUUGGCAAGACAGCCUUGCUCUCCAAGAAGGCCGGCGGGAGCUCUGUCAAGUCGGCCUGUAAGAGUGCUGUGGAUGACAAGGCAGAGAAAGGCUACCAGCCUCCUGGUGCCCAGCAGUCAAAUGCAAAUGCAGCUGGGAAGGAGCAGCUUGUCUCCAAGGACCCUUCUUCUGCUAAACAUUCUCUGCUGUCUGCUCGCAAAUCCAAGUCUUCCCAGCUAGACUCUGGAGCUCCCUUGUCUCCUGGUGUCAGGCAGUCCGCUGAGAAAUCCUCAAAAAAGUUAUCUUCUAGCAUGCAAACCUCUGCACGGCCUUCUCAAAAACCUCAGUGAUAUUUCUGCAAUCCAAGUGUUUUAUCUGUAAAGAUGUUAACUUAUUUAGAACCCCUUCUCUCCCACCAAUGUCCUCUGUGCUUUUGUUUUGUAUCUUUUGGGUUCCGUGCCUGAUGUGUGUGUGCGUGUGUGUACACGUGUGUGUACGCGUGUAUGUGUGUAUAGAAUUCAACUGCAAAUUGUUAAAAGCGUCGCCUUACUCUGCCAUUGAACCAAAUAACAGCCAUAGGCAAAGCAUUGAUACCAAGCUAACUGGAAUAAUCAUAGACAAUACCCUGGAUUGUCUCUUUAGCAAUUAUACAUAUUUCUUACUAGAGAACUCUAAUGACUUUUUCUUUGGACACUAGGGUUUUGAAACCUGUGAACCAGUUAAGCUCUCAUGAGUGUGUGCUGUAGAAGGAUGAAUUAUUUGACUUGGGUUUCAUCUGAGCAGGAUUUGUCCUCACAGCUGAUUGUCGUGUGGCAUCAGGAGCUCUAAAAACUGUGAUACUAACAGUGAAACAAACUGAGAGAAAACUUGCUUUCUGCACUUUGGCCCCAUCCAUCAGUCUUUGUAAAGGGCAAUAUUUUAACACUAAUGUUUCUCAGGUAUAUACUUAGCUAGUCUAGAAUGGAUGCACAUCAGUAAAAGGAUUAAAGAGAAGGUGGCCUAGGGGUGGCUGUCAUUUUUCCUACUGCCACAGAAGUUUUUAGAGGUAGACAUGUAGUAUUUCACUACCUUCAUAUCUGCAAAGAUGUGUGUAUCUUAAGCUGUCUUGAGUCUUAGGAUAUAUCCUAAGAGAUGGCAAAUUGGAUAGCCAGAAAGCGAGUCAUUAGUAGUUACAUUUUUUUCCUUUUAAAUUUUCUAGCAAAGGCCAUUGAAUCCUGAAAUAGAGUAGAGCAGUUAAUAUCUUUGAAAGAUUCCUGGGAAAAAAUGGAUUCUAAACUGGAUACAUGAAUCUGUACCAUUUUCCUUCUCUGGUGUUACUUUUUUCUGUUAGAAGUUGAGUGCUCCAUGCCGCCCCGUGUGUCCAUGUCCAUAUUUCCUCGUCUUGGAGAGGAAAGAAGCUGCGUAAUGCCAAAAGUCAGUGAUGUUAUGUUGAAGCAAUGUGUGACACAAAGUAUUACAUGUAUGCUCUGCUCCUGCCUGUCUGCUAUUCAGUAACUCAUUUAUUCUUCUUUGUGCAUAAAAAUGUAAUCUCUUAUCCAAGAACCUCACAAGCAGGAUCAGAGCAUGUUCCAUCUGGCAUUGUCAGUGCAAAUUGUAUUUCUUGUUUUGAGGAACCUCUUAAAUUUUCACAGGUAAGCAAGAUAGAUAGUUUCGCAAGCUUUUUGGAGGUAUCCUAGCAAUUUUUAGCUUUUUUUCUCUAUUUUUCUUUUUUUAAAUUAAGCCAAGAGUGUCAGGGUCCUGAUUCUCUUUGCAUAGCAUUUGUCACUUUGCCAUGAAAUAUAGCAUGCUAGGUUUAUGUGUUUUUAAAUACUAACUUUUUUUUUCUCUUUUUAAACAUAGACUUUUCAAGUUCUUCCUGAACUCUUGGUGCACAGAUCCACUUACCACCCCCUUUUCAGUAUUGCUGUGUGUGAAGUGACUAGAACAUACCCGUACAUAGCUGUGAAUUCUGCACUGCCUUUUCAAUUUUCUUUUUAUUCCUGUCAAUACUUGGGAAAUGUUUCCGGUGGGUUAGUUAACUUUAUUUUGCUGCUGAUCUGAGCAAUAGCAGUAACUUGCAAGUUUGGAGCCCAUUUAUGUUGAGGAUAGCUGGAAUUUUAGGCCCUUGCAAUGUUUAAGACUUACGUGUUCAGCCUUGUGAAAGUUACUGUAGUGCUGUAUGAAAUUCAUUCAACAUGAGCCUGUUGCCCAUUGCACUCAGUCCUGUACUUGUACCUUCACUAGGCUGUCCUCGUCCCACUGUACAGGUAUCUGUGGUUUCCCAAAGCACUGUGGCUUGCCCCUGCUGUAGUACACCUGCUGAUGACCAGCAGCCUUCGAUAUUACUAUUGCUUCCAAUGGCACAUUGGCAGCCUGAUGGGUGUUUAGCACCACUAGUUUUCCUCUGUCACUUUUCUUUCCUGAAAAAGAUGCAAUACAUAUGGGAUGGUCAAUAUCAGGAAUUGAAUUUUUGUCUGAUUUGAACCUCUCAUAUGUCUUUAAUAGGUAAAUCUCAUUUGAAAUGUUCUAUUUGAAGCUCUGAAAUAGUCUUAGAAUUGUAGUUUGCACAAACUGUUUUAAUCUUUUGGGGGGCUGUAAUCAGUUAAGCAUUAAUAGAAACUAUUUUAAUUUUCACAGUGGUAAAUAUUUUUAUUAUUGAGUCCUCCAGAGACAGAUUUUCCAUUACAUUUGGUGUCCUUAAAAAAAACCCAGAACUCUACAAACUCCUUUAAUUUUUCAUGGGAUCUAGAAAUAAAAUUUCAUUAUAUAUAAAUUAUGUUUGUGGAGCUUAGUCCUUCGUACAGAUUUAAAUGGAAAAAAGAAUCAUGAAGUAUUAUGGCAUUUCUAGGUAUCUUUAAGCUAUUAUAUUUCCAUGCUUGGUAAACAGUGAAUAUUACAUCUCUAACUACUAGGUACAACUGUUAAGCCACUAGAAAAGGAUAUUUUGCUGAAAAAUUUGAAGGUGUUCAUUAAGGUAUGAAGUACCUUGUGGGGAAAUUAUUACUUGGUUCAACUCAAUUCUUUGGUAGGGUUUGGGACUUGGUGUUUGUUUUGUUUUUUCUUUGUUUCCUGGUGAUGUUUGGCAUAAUGAGCAUAUAUGUGUUUUGGGGCUAAAAAUCAUCUGCUAAGGAUGGUUGGCCUGGGUUUCUUGUUGACAGCCAGGUGGGUCUGAUUAGAGCUGUCAUUCUCUGGGGCACAAAGUAAUCACCAACAGUGGUGUGCAUCUAUAAUGUUUGUUUGCUUUUUAAACACUUCUUAUUCUUAGUUCUUUUCCUGAAAACUGCCAGUGCACAGAGGCUAUAUCAUUCCUAAACACAGGCCUACACCUUGCCUUUGUAAUCCCUUGUAUAAUGUGGAAGCACAAAGAAACUGUUAGGCUCAUGUCAUCUCAUGACCAUCUCCCACCCCUUUUGUAUUUUCUCAUCCUAAAAGCAGCCUAACUGAAAGUAGUACUAUGCUGGACCAAUAGAAAUGGACAUGGGGAUAUUUGUGGUAUGGUAAAUUACUGUAAUUGCCUGUGAGGCUGCCUUAGACUCUUUUGUGACUGUUCUUUCAUCAUUCCUUCUGCAAACAUUUGUUGAGGGCCUGCUUUGCUUGCAAAGGUGAGCUGAAAGCUUCAGGAAUUUGCUGUGGCUGAGGAGCCCUGGGAGCACAGUGCAUGAACCAGGGGUGCUGGUGAUGACCUAAACGGAGUGGCAGUCCUUCUGAACAAAAAGAUCAGCCGGAUCCUGGCGACUCGGCUAAUGCUUGUGGUCCUCUUCAGCAAGUCUGGUCUGUUCUGAAAACCAAAAGUGCCCUUCCUCAUCUCUGGAAACAUUUUACUCUUAUGUCCACUUUUUUCAGACUUAUCUCUUUCUACUACUUAGGGGUUGAAAAUCCAUCGCAAAGUCACUUUUCAUUACAAUUUGGUCUUGUACGUUUGUAUGAGAUGGAUGUGGGGAUUUUUUGGGGAGGUGGGGAGAAAAAUUGUCAUCCCUCUAAAAUAACUAUCAUAAAAAAAUAGGAACAAUAUGUAAAGGAAACAGUAGUGACAGACUUGAGGCAAAAUGGAGCAGAGAAGAGCUUGUGAACAAAGCUCAUUAUUUCAAAUAAACAUGUUUUUAAAAGUAGAUUGACAUCUGAUGUUACAUUUCACUCUUAACAAAUUACUGAACAAAUGAAAUUAUUGUUUCCUGUGUAGAUUAUUAUAAUUACUGGAUGCAAAGAUAAUUAGUGUUUCUGGGUUGGACCUUUGAGGGAGUGUGCAAAUCAUAAGCACAGUUUCAAUAAAACAUAUUCUGUGAGGAGUGUUGAACUUGCAUUAUUUGGAAUUGAGGAGAGCAAAAUUUUCUGACCAGUGCCUAUAUCAUAAACACAAAAAGUAGCUGUUAUUGUGCAGGCUGUCUUAAAUUUCACAAAGGAUCCAUUCUUGCUAAAUCUGACUAUUUUGGGGAGAAAUCCUUUUAUUUACAUGAACACUCAGUAUUUCACACUACCUUUAGAUCAACUCCCAAGGUGUUUGUUUUGCAACUGUAUUUGGAGCAUGACCAAUAAUUUUUUCCCCAAGUAAUGAAAAUAAUUUUGCAUGGCUUCCAUCUGACCCAGAAAGCAUGCUCUUAUUACCUAUGCAAACAACUAAUAAAUACAGACUACACUAAAUGUAAAUUGAAAAAAACAAAAACAAAAAACAAGGCAACUCUUAAAUUGUGGAGCUCUAUUUUUGGAUCUGUAUUUUUUAAAUGUGGCUUAAUCAUCAGUAUAGAGGAGCAUGAAUGUGAAUUCUUGAUUUGCUUUGCACAUGUUUCUCUGCUGAUUUUUUUAAUCAUUGGCAAGAUUGUGUGUAAAAUAAUAUUUUGCAAGCAGGAGUAGAAUUGGAUAUGUUGAACACACACUGGUUUAUACACUGUAUUUAGCUUGAAGACUUUCCUAAAGUAUGUUGUUCUAAAAAUAACCUGCCAUUUUCUAUAGAUCUUAAUUUUUUUAUAUCUUACAGGGUUCUAUCAUGGUCACAAGGAGAGAAUGUGGCUUCUAAUAGUGCUAACAAUUUUACAAUGCUUUUGUAAAGACAGAGCUGUUUUAGAAAGUUUUUGAAGCUUCCCAACCAGUGGUCACAAUAAGACUAAGCCCGUGGCAUUGUGAUAGAGUUGUGCAGUGGAUGAGGUUCUAGAUCGGUUACAUAUUCAUUAAAAGCAGGUGUUCCCCAAUUUUAGGGAAAAGGGAGAUCCAUCGCUGACUUGGGAGGCUAUUUGAAAUCACACACUUGUACUCUCCCCAAGAUGUGGAGCAUCUUUGGAGUGACUUGGCUCAGAUUCUCAGACUCAGUGUUCACUGGAGCCAUCCAAGGAACUUGUAAAAAUGCCUGGGUCCCACUUCCAAGCUUUAGGUCUAAGUAGUGUAGAGGUGGGUCCCAGGAAUUGCUGUAUGUUUUAAAGCUCCUUGGUGUUUCUAAUUUGCAGUCAGAAUUGAGAAUCACUGUGAUAGGCGCCCCCUCCUCUUGCAGAGAACUAUAGUGAGACUCACUGCCGUGUGAAUUUUCAGGAGGGACUCAGUUUCCCCUGUUAUGCUGGAGAGGAAAGACAAAAAUAGAUUGGGAACUACUGAUAUCAGCCUCUUGUUUGAAGUAAGGGGUUGGGAGCACUUUCUGAUUUGAGGCGCAAUUGGGAGCUUGGAGCAUUUUGUGUGUGGCCCAGCACUUCCCAGUCUGGUGGGAUUCUGUGGCCUUCAGUUUGCAGGUGCAGGCAGAGUGCCCCAUGGGUGUGCACCCUACCCAGAGCCUUUCUCUGGGUGUUAUUGUGGGGCAAGACCCAUGGGGCAGUAGGGAAGUCACCCUGAGUUAGAAAAUGCUGAAGUAAAGCCUUCUAGGGCCUUGGAAAACCUGUCCCUGAUUUUGAUAGAGGACUGCCUCUGUGGUAAUUACAAUAGCAAGCCCCAGGCUGCCACUGAAUUUCCUAUUUAGCUAAUUCUCUACUUAGCCUGAAUGUAGUUUCAGGAAUAAUUUUUAGUUUAAAAAUGAGCGUGAAGCAUUUCAUUUGGAGUCUUUUUUUUUUUUUUGUAACCCUUUUUGACAUUUUUUUUCAUGUAAUUUAAAAAUACCAAAUAAUACCCCCAAAUUUGGCAGUAUGUUAGCUAUGGAGGCAAAUGAAAUUUAGUUUUAAUCUGUGGUGAGCUGAAUGCACUACAACAUCUUCAAAAUAAUCUGUUCUGCUCAGGUGGUUUCAUCCUGUUGAGCAUUAUGUUGCCUACAAAAAAAAGGAAACACAUUUUUACCUGAUGUUUUCAACAUUUCAGGGUAUAAAGAUAAUAAGUAAAAAUCCAAAUUGGAAAAUGCUCUUUAGAAAGGCCACUCAAAGCAGGGUUACCUGUGAGAAUGGUGAAAAUGCAAUAUGAAACUUCCUAGGUGCUAUUUUAAAUGGUGUGGUGUCAUUAUACCAAACAGGGAGACAGGUUAUUUCUGAAGCUGAAGUUCUCUUUUGUAGGCCUUUCAGAUAAUGCAUUUAUGUUCCCUAUAGGCUUGCUCACCAACUGUGCCUCUCACCACUGGUUAAAAUUGAAUUUCCAGCCCCAUUACAAAAGUACUCUGAUUGAAUGCCUCAGUUUUUACACUGGAAUUUCUAUAGCUGUCUUAAUAGCUGUGUGUCGUAUCACUGUACACAAAAUGCUUUGGUAUUGUUCAUGUACCAUUUCAUAGUGAUUUCUGUAUAAUUUUCUUAGUUAUACAGUAGUAAUGGAAGGCAGGUUGUCUUUCCUUGAGGCUGGAAAAAAGGUGUGUCGGACGUUUUAAAUUAUUUUAGAUGAAGUGCAUGAGAUGUGUCACUGGCUUCUGUUAUUUAUUUGUAUGUUUUAUUAUUCAAGGUGUAUGCACUUUUAAGAAGCAGAAUUUAUAUUUUUAUGUUUAAAACGUUUUAUUUCUGGAACCGCAGUUGGUUAUAUAGUAUAUACAGUUGGAAUUAAGAGGAAAGUGAAAAAUGUAACAAAAUAUAAUAAAUUUAUUACAUGA